AUGUGCCAGAAAAGAAUGAGUGAAGCAGGGCUCGACAGCCCAUCUAAGCAGAUGCACCCUAGCUGCUGGGGUGAACAUUGGGAACUGCCUCUCCAGCCACGUUUUACUAUUCUAAAGAGAAGGGGGCUUCUGCUGGUGACCUGUCUGUCUGAGAAGGGAGUGGAUUGUCCUGCCACUGCUGCUCCAGAUGGAUUCUCCUUCUCCUCUGUGGAGGCGCUUUGCCAUAAUCUUUGGAACCCUCUGCUUGGCUUUGCUGGUAACAUAGGGCUCUUGGGUGCUCUGGUAUGCAGAUGGCAGCAAAACUUCAGCCAGCAGCAGGGAAUUCUGGAAAAUCUUACCUGCCAGCAAAUUAAUUUGGAAAACCAAACUCGUGAGCUACAAGAAAUCCUAGAAAACCUCGCAUGGGAGAGAGAUCAUCUUCAAAUCCAGAAUACUAAUUUCUUGAAAACUUUGCAGUCAAAAGGAGACAAGUGCAUUAUUUGUCCAAAGACCUGGAUACAAAAUGGGAAAGACUGUUAUGAACUUUCAUCUGGUAUAAAAUCUUGGUCUGCAUGUAAAGAAUAUUGUUCUUCCCUGGGCUCCAGGCUGCUGAAGAUAGACAGCAAGGAAGAUCUGGACUUCAUAAAACCACUGACAUGUUUUCCUUACUGGAUGGGAUUAUUGUAUAAUGAAACCAAAGGCUACUGGCAGUGGGAAGAUGGUUUCCAAGUCUGAAAAGUUACCAUGGUCCUUAUUGUGCAACACUGAAAAAUGGAAAAGCCUUGGGCUAUUCUUGUGAAAGCCUAAAUUUCUGUAUGUGUGAAAAGGGUCUGUUUAGCUAAAGUCUUCUGUAAUGGCACAAGAACGAACAGAGAAAGUAUGAGGUCCUAUUUUGGAGGAUCCAGUUGCUACUGUUGCCUAUAUUUAUAAGGCUCCAUCUUAUAUGGUGCUGAGUAUGGAGUCCAACUUAAGUCAUCAAACUCCGACAUAAGUUAUUUAAGUUCUGAGCACUGUGGUCCUGUUUCAGCAGAGCACAAAACAGGACAGGGUCCCUACUAUGCUGUUAAAAUUCUCUGCUGUGCUCACAGAAAGUGCUUGUAAGCUAUUAUAGAAGGAGAUGGCUCCUCUCUCAGUAGAAGGAGCAAUAACCACACUCCACUUCACCAACCAGCUUUCUGUUCUUGGCCCUUGCUGCUGCUAUUGUUCAUCUGUUCCGAAAUCCAGACCAGUCUCCAGAGUGUGACACUGCUGUGGAGCCAGCUUGAGUCUACUGCCCCCAGGAUUCACCCAUCUCACAUGGAGAACUCUUUUAUCUCCUGUUGCCAAGAUAUCAUUUUUUAGACAAAAACUCUUUUUUUUGCUUC